GGGCUGGUACAGUCGGUCAGAAAGGACAGGGUUCAGAUUUAUUCUGAUUGACCUUGGUGCGCAAGACCUAAACAUAACACCGACCAACCGACAGGAUGACAAUCCAAGGUUUACCGUUACCUCCAAUUCCAUCGUUGCCAAUGUCAAGCCCAGUAGUAAUCGAGAGUCAUGGAUUCCAGAUAUCUAAAGACCAGCUGACUGUCCUAGUGCCAGUGGUUGUGGCGGCUGCUCUAGGUGGCUUCCUGGUUAGCCGGUACUUCACUGGGCGUAAGAAAAGCCAGGUCAACACCUGUGUGUGUAAGGACAGUGCCAAGGUGGUGCACAGCUUCGACAUAGAAGACAUUGGCAGCAAGGCCGUCUACUGUCGCUGCUGGAGGUCCAAGAAGUUCCCCUACUGUGAUGGUUCCCAUACCAAGCACAAUGAGAUCACUGGGGACAACGUGGGACCCCUCAUCAUCAAGAAGAAGGAUGCUUAACCAACCUCCCUUUCCCCUUCUCGCCCCUCCCAUCAAAUCAUCAUUCAACACCAUUCAGUCACAAGGUGCUACACUUUAUUUCGACAUUAUCUGACACAAGAGGGCACUUUCAUUUCCCCUCUAAGACUAUUGUCUAUUCCAGUGUUCAAAGUACAACCUUUAGGAAUAUAUAUUGUUAAUGUCCAAAAGAAAUACAUGUUCUAGUGGAUAUGACAGACUUGAUGGUGAUGUAUUUUGGCCCGUAUAUUGUGAAUAAAAGUUUUCUUAAAGUGG